UGUGAUCAAAUGCUGGUGUGGCUAAUUUUAUUUACGGAAGUCGGAACAAUAAGUUAGUUCCCUCGUGCGAAUGUGUAAAAAGAAACAAUGUAACCUAUUUUUUUUUAAGUUUGUAUUUCUAUUUUAAUAGAUGUUAGUUUUAAAUUUUAAUUUAAAUAAAAGCUUAAGCAAGUUAAGUUUUCUCGGACCGAUAUUAUCAGCAUUACUAUGACACUUAAGCUACUUUUUUACCUCCUACUUCAUUUUUCUUUCAGCCAGUCAAAGACAAGAAAUGUCCUUCUAAUCAUAGCUGAUGAUGCUGGUUUUGAGACUGAGGUUUACAACAACUCAGUGGUUCGAACGCCUCACCUGCGUUCUCUGGCCCAGCGAAGCCUGGUGUUCAACAACGCGUUCACAUCUGUCAGCAGCUGUUCUCCCAGUCGCUCUACUAUACUCACUGGUCUGCCACAGCACCAAAAUGGCAUGUAUGGCCUUCACCAAGGCGUCCAUCAUUUUAAUUCCUUUGAUGGAGUUCAAAGUCUGCCGCUAGUGCUCAGACAAGCGAACAUACACACGGGUAUAAUUGGUAAAAAACAUGUUGGUCCUGGCUCUGUGUAUCCUUUUGACUUUGCCUACACGGAGGAGAACAACUCUGUCCUCCAGGUGGGGAGGAACAUAACCCGCAUCAAACUUCUGGUCCGAAAGUUUUUCCAGACCCAUAAAGAGGAAGUUUUUGAGAGGAAGCACAAAGAAGAGGAACACGGAACUAAUGGUCAAAAAGAUGAAGAGAGGCCUUUUUUUCUCUAUGUUGCCUUUCAUGACACACACCGCUGUGGGCACUCACAGCCUCAGUAUGGAGCCUUCUGUGAGAAGUUUGGUAAUGGAGACAAGGGCAUGGGAAACAUUCCUGACUGGACUCCACAAUAUUACACACCACAACAAGUCAAGGUUCCUUCAUUCAUGCCGGACACGCCUGCAUCACGAGCAGAUUUGGCGGCGUUGUACACGACUGUAAGCAGGUUGGACCAAGGUAUUGGAUUACUUCUAAAGGAGCUCAGGGACGCUGGUUAUGAAAACGAUACUUUGGUCAUCUACAGUUCUGAUAAUGGCAUCCCCUUCCCCAAUGGGAGAACCAACCUAUAUCAGUCUGGCACAGCAGAGCCAAUGUUGGUGUCCUCACCUGAGCACAUGAAUCGAUGGGGAGACAAUAGCCAGGCCUAUGUCAGCUUACUAGGACUCUUUUUCGCAGUGAGAAGAGACGACAUCUCUACAGCAAACACCUGCUGCGCACAUCGUUCAGACAUCACCCCCACCAUUCUGGACUGGUUUUCUCUGCCCUACCCAUCAUACACCCUACCUGGCAGCACGGCAGUGCCAGUUCACCUCACUGGACGUUCUUUGCUGCCCGCCCUGAUCACUGAACCCAGCAGCUGGAACACACUCUAUGCCAGCCAAUCUCUACAUGAAGUCACCAUGUACUACCCAACUCGCUCUGUCCAGCAAGGGGCCUAUCACCUCCUCCAUAACCUACACUAUCGUAUGCCAUUUCCUAUCGACCAGGACCUUUAUGUGUCUGCCACCUUUCAGGACCUGCUGAACCGCACCAGACUGAGUCAACCAACAAACUGGUUCAAAACUCUGAACGAGUAUUACUACAGAGAACGCUGGGAACUAUACGAUACCAGGAAAGACCCUUUGGAAAGGAAGAAUUUGGCAUCAGACGGUACAUACAUCAAAGUUGUGGAGGUCUUGAAGCAAAGUCUGCAGAAGUGGCAGUGGGAGACUGGGGAUCCGUGGGUGUGUGGGCCCGACUACGUCCUGGAAGACAAGCUGGAGCCACAAUGCAGGCCUCUCUACAACCAACUGUAAAUGUUAUGAUUGACACACUGUAUUAGGAGCAUUUAUAUUGCUCUUAAAAUAAUCAUAUUUCAUUCAUGUAAUGAUAUUAACAUUUUUAUUAUUGAAUCACGUGUCAUACUUGCGUAUUAGGACUAGCAACAUGACAUUUUACUUGUGUUUAUUUUUCCAGUACUGCAGUCGUCAAUAAAUCAUUAUGAAAUACAUUUUA